AUGAGUUCUGUAGACUAUGUUCUUCCUCACUGCUUGGAGGUGCUUCUUGACAGGUUAAAUGGAAAGGAUAUCUUCUGCUCCAGAAAUCAAAUCCAAAUAAAGAAAGCUAGGAACAAACUCUACCAUCUCUCGUUAAAAGACCAACGCUUGUUGAUUUCAAAUGUCGCCAAUGUACAGAAGCUAACAGAUGAUGAGGUCAAGUACUUCGCCCCAGCAACCUUUGAUAUGGUCGUCAUGAAGUACUUUGUCCACAAAAUGGAUGGUCCAGGAAUGGACGUCCAUAAGUUUGUUCUAUUUGAGUGUCUCUCUUAUUUGGGGACUGCUAUUCUCGGAAAAGAAAAAUUAUCAUUUGAAAAUAUGAAGCCUUCCUUUCCCCGGAGAAGCCUUGAUGAUGUCGCUAACUAUAUGAAAGUUAGUAAGUCGAUUGGCUUGAGAGACGACCUCGUUGAGAGCAUGGUGGACGGCUUUAAUCACUGUGUCCUCGAUGAUGAUGUCUUCACACUUGAAAAUCACGAUGAGUUGGAUUUCUUUCGCUCUUGGCUAAUAUGCGCUCGCUUUCCGAAGUUCUUCUCGUGCAUGCCACAUUUGAAAGUGACUUCAUUCAUCCAGCGCCGAUUCGUUAAGCAGGUGCUUCCAGUCGCCAGAAAGUUCGCCAUGCGGAUGUGCAAAAGAAACCGAAAAUUCAAAGCUGAACUUAGCGACUGUUUCCGUACUUUGGAACUGUCAAUCGACAAUAAAAACGCGCCCAUGUGGCAGAACAAGCGCGGCGUUCGCGAGCUCCGAAAUCGAGUUAGAGUUCCGCGCACCGAGAAACUCAUCAAAUCUACCUCAAAUAACGUCUUACGGAUCGAAAAAGAGCUCUUGCAAGAGAUUUGCGACGAGGUGUCUGAUGGGCAGAAUCGACAACUCUCUCAAACAGACUUGCUGUUUCAGUCGCGCGAUGCAGUUGCUAUGACCGAGCUCAAGAAUGGAAAUCUAGCUCUGCACGUGGUUUCCUGCAACCCAAAGCGAUAUGAUAAGCUGCAGAUGCGGUACCUGCUGGAAGCCUUUCAAAUCUUUCAACUGUCGUUGACGAACAUGCCCGCCAAGUACAUGGCUCGUUUAGUCUUUGAUCCGCGACAUCGUUGUUUGUGUCUCGUCAAAACUACCACGAAUUCUGUCUGUGGCGCCAUCUGCUUCCGUCCGUUCAAAGAUCAGAACUUCUCAGAAAUCGUCUUUUGCGCUGUUUCUAGCGACGAGCAAGUCAAGGGUUAUGGAACAUUUCUGAUGAAUCAUUUAAAAGAUCACCACAUUUCGAAGCGUAUCUUUAACCUGCUUACUUAUGCCGACGAAAAUGCUGUUGGAUAUUUCAGAAAACAGGGCUUUACCAGCGCAAUUAGCAUGGAUAAAGGCGCUUAUACUGAUUUCAUCAAAUCGUAUGACGGCGCUACUCUUAUGCAGUGCAGCCUGGACACUCGAAUCAACUACUCCCAUCUCAGCACUAUUCUGAAGUUCCAGACGGACGUAAUCGAUCAGCUCAAGAAGAAACAGUCCCAUCCUGCUAUAUUUAAUGGUCUUACUGCCCCCGUCAGAGUCUCCUCGGAUAUUCCAGGAGUCAACUCGAAAUCCUAA